UUGACGGGAAGGACCAAAACUUUCGUGAGCUAUUACUAUCUUGUUCGCUUGAUAAUUCAUUAUUCCAGCUAUACCCUUAUUAGUUAAUAAUUCACUUUUUCCCAUAAAUCCAUCUGUUUUUUCAAAGGGAGAAGAAAAGCAGAAUGCGUUUGUUUUAGUUGGGCUUAAUUGCAAGUUUGGUCACCCGAAUUGCUUAAAAAUUUCACGUUUGCCACCCGAAUUGAUUUAUUCCAUUUAUAGUCACUCGAAUUAGUUGAACAGUCCAAGUUCGGUCACUCUCCGUUAACCUCCGUUAGACUCCGUUAAUGACGACCGUUAAGUGAUGACGUGGCUAACAGAAAGACACAGUCGGCCCAUUUAAACAUUAAAAAACGACGACCCGACCCGCCAGCUCAGCCUUACCCGCCCAGUCAGCCAUUCUUGCCCAAACCCGCGAACCAACCCAAUUAAUUGACCCUAAACCCAACCCCACACGAGAAACAACACAUACUUCGGAAAAAUUCAUUUCAGAGCUUCUUCCACUCUCCAUCCGUUCAUCUCCCAAACCCUAACAAAUUCUCAAUCUCUCUAGAUAUCCCGCUGCCGAGAUCUCAAAUCCGGCGAGAUUUCCCGAUCAAUGUGACACCGCCCUCAUUAGUACUCAUUCAAAUCUCCACCCGGAUCUCAUUUUUGUUCUCUCUUGCAUGAGCAUUUGGAAAUUAAAAAAUGGCUUCAGCUUGCGUCAACAACAUCAGCGUUUCACCGGAGAGCUUCCCGCCGCCGGGGACGUACUCCUCUUACGGCUGGCUGAGUCCUCGCAUCUCAUUCAGCCGCAAGGAUGAUUCCUCGUCCAAACACCACCACCAAAAACAGCCGCCGCCGCCAUCCAAGCCAGCUCCGGCUAUUUCUCCUCCUCCUCCGCCUCCGAUGGCUGCGAUUCCGCAACCGGAGCAGCAGCAACAAGAUCUCCUACCGGACUUCGAGUUCCGCCUCGACGACCCCGUCGCCAUGCUCCCCGCCGACGAGCUCUUCUCCGAGGGGAAGCUGGUGCCGAUGCAGGUCACGAGCUCGAAGCCUUGGUUGUCGACGGCAACUUCGGCGGAGUUUUUGGCCGGAAUCGCGACAACAGUGGAGGCGAAAUCUGGCCGGUGGAAAGAGAUUCUGGGGCUGAGGAAGUUUUAUCAGAACAACAGCUCCAAGGCGGCGUUGUUUCCUUCCUCGUCGUCUUCUUCCAACAAUAACUAGAAAUCAUUGAGGCAUUUCCUCCAUAGAAGCUCGAAAUCCUGCAACAGCUGCGACAAUUCCUCUUCCAAUUCCUCGCUCGAUGGUACCCUGAGUCUUCCAUUGCUGAAAUCAGACCUGGACUGUGACUCGUCGGUUUCCCUCUCUUCAUCCCGCUUAUCGCUCUCAUCCUCGUCAUCCAGCCACGAGCACGAAGAUCUCCCCAGACUCUCCCUCGAUUCGGAGAAGCCCAAUGCCGCUUCCAAUUUGAGCCUGACAUUCAACCCUUUGCAGAGUCCGAAUCCGUUCGUUCUGAAAUGAAUUUUUCCACCAUUGUUAGAGGUGAAGUAGUAGGGGGCUAGAUUCAGGGGGGUUGGGUCUCGGGUUUGGGUUUAGGGUCAAUUAGUUGGGUUGGUUCGCGGGUUUGGGCAAGAAUGGCUGAUUGGGCGGGUCGGGUCGUCAUUUUUUAAUGUUUAAAUGUGCUGACUGUGUCUUUCUGUUAGCCACGUCAUCACUUAACGGUCGUCAUUAACGGAGUCUAACGGAGGUUAACGGAGAGUGACCGAACUUGGACCGUUCAACUAAUUCGAGUGACUAUAAAUGGAAUAAAUCAAUUCGGGUGGCAAACGUGAAAUUUUUAAGCAAUUCGGGUGACCAAACUUGCAAUUAAGCCGUUUUAGUUGGUAUGCACUCUAUUUACUUUCAUCCCUUACUCUCUAUUUUCAUGCUCGAUUUAUUAGGGAUUUGCAAACAAAAAUAAAUCAUGUGUUUAUAGUCACUGCUAAGAAUGCCCAAAGUAGGAACUAAAAUAACUUAUCCUUUAAAGCUAAAAAUAUAUAAUCCUAAAAUUCAGGACCAAGGUUGUCAAACCGGUUUAUGCCGGUGUGCCGGUUUUGUAAGUGGAAUGGUCUGACCGUGGUACAACCAGUAUUCAUGCCGGUUGUGCCGGUUUUAAUAAAAUACAUGAGGAAAAUGGAAAUCCUCAAUUCCAAAUAAAUUAAUCAUGAAAAAGCAAUUAGAAGAAUUAUUUCACACAAAAUAAUUUAUAGCCAAGAAUUGAUAACGAAUACUAAACAAUUAGAUGCUUAAAAACAAAAUUUUAUUAAAUAAAUUUUAUUAAUGUUUAUAAUGAUUUGUGUAAAAUUUAGUAUUAGAUAUAUAACAUAUAAGGUUAAUAUAGACAACAAAAUUGCUUGUAGCCUAUUGGUGUGUGAGUUAAACUUAAAUGAACAUGAGGUACUUGGUUCAAAUCCUAUGGAGGAUGUUUAUUUUUGGAUAUAAUGUGUGUACCACUAAAUUUCGGUUUCUGGUCUAACCGGCCGGAAUUUCCGGAUUUCACCGGGUCUGACCGGUAUUGACCGGAUUUGACCACAGUUAAAAACCAGCCCCUUUCCAGCCGGUUUGCUGACCGGUACCGGUUGAACCCGGUUGAACCGGCCGGCAUGAAACCGGUUUGACAACCAUGUUCAGGACCAAAUCCAACAAGCAAACAUCACAUUUUUAAAUGGAUGAUAAAUCAAAUCUAUCACAAAUUUAAGUUUUUUCAAAAUCCUCAUUUUCUAAGUCCAACAAACAAUCCAUUAUAAAAAAAUGUCCAACAAACAACCGAUCUUCGUAGUGCUUGUGAUUAAGAAAGAGACUUUUGACUAAUAAUUCGUAAACGGUGUCAAUAAUUGCUUACAUAUGGUGUAAGACUAUUAUAAACCUCAAUUUACAUGUACUUAAAUGAACGAGAAACUUAAUUCGUUCUCGUCACCAUCAUCCUGUUGAUUGCAACUGAAUUAUCUUCAAACUUUUUGACCUAUAAAUGGAAAUAUCUGGC